AGAAAUAAACAUUUUGAUAUUUUCUUAUUUGUAUUUCAAAUUUACUAUAAAAACAUGAGUAUAAAAAGAAACAAACAUUUUUUCGAUUUGUACUGGGAAGAUAUAUUAGUCUCAAGAAUCAUGCCCUUCUUAACAAUCAGAGAGUGCUUUAAUUUUCGCUGUGUAUCUAGAACUUGCCUCCAAAUAAUAGAUAUGUAUUUUGCCAAGUUAAAAUCCCUAAAAUUAAUGAAUAAAGGAUUUUCACCGCAUACAUUUGAAGUAUUCGCAUUGACAUGCAGAAGGCUAGAACUUUUAAAUUUAAGCCGAUGUGUAUCUAUCACUGACACAGACCUGAUUCCUAUGCUCCAACGCAAUCCAGAACUCGUCAAUUUGAAUUUGAGCCAAUGUAAAAACUUGACUGCCAAAUGUCUGCAACCAGCUAUAUUGUAUUGCAAUAAAUUAAAAGUUCUAAAGCUAUCCAAGUGUUCCUGGCUGACAACCGGUGCUAUGGAAGCACUUGCUCUUCAUCAAAACCAAUUAGAAGAUGUAGAUUUGGCUUUCUGUGUGACAAUUUCCGAGAGCUGUAUACUUGUGUUCAUUAAAAAAUUUAGACAAUUGAAAACUUUGAAUUUGGAAGGUAAUAUGCAGGUUACUGAUAAAUGCCUCUACACAAUGUCCAAGUAUAGUAAUUCAUUAAAGCUUCUUAAUUUAGGAGGUUGCUGUGAAAUUUCAGACAAGGGUAUCAUUGCCCUUGCCUUACACUGCCAUAAACUGGAAGGUCUGCUUAUAAGAGGAUGUACAAAGGUAACGGAAAACAGUCUACGUCUUAUGAGAAAUAGAGUACACUUAGACAGGAGACCUGCAGAAAUUCCUCCCAUACCUUUAAAUAUGCAGAUCUGAUGGAGGUGCAAAUUUUUCAUGUGUAUAUAUGUUAAUUUAUAUAUUCUAUAAGCAAAAUGUUAUUGUAAUAACACUUAAACAAAGAUUUGUGUUCAUAGUAACAUCACAUGACAAAAGCAGUCUCCUAUAAAUACUGAGGCUGUAGUUCUAAAAAUUAAUCUUGCAAACUCUAUUAAGUCAUCUCAGAGCAAGCCAUCGUUUAAUGACAAAGCUAAGAACAAAUUUUAGAUCCUUAUAACAUUUAUAAUUGGGUGUGGUUAGGAAAAAUGGAUUCUCAGCCUUAAAAAAUACUUUUGAAAAUAUUUGUGUUACAAUAAAAUUAAUAUAUAAAAAGGUGAAUACUGUUGAUUUAAUAGAAAAUAGAGACUAAAGUUGUUGUAUAAAUACAAUUUAUGACUAGCUCAAAAAUAGGUUUAUAGACUGAAUCAUAUUUUGCGUAACUCCACCCAACUAUAAUAUUUCACUUAAUAAUUUCAUAUUAAAGACAAAACUUCCUCUUAUAUUUUAAACAUUAGUUUAAACAUGGCAAAUAAACAAAAGUGCAAUAAUUUGUAGUAAUGUUAAACAGGAAAAAAUCCUAAUGACAUUAUACAUACAUACAUACAAAUAUUAUUUUGUUCACUUUAAUGCUCAUUAGUAAGGUGUAAUUCGCUUUCUUCUUUUGAAAAUACUAGUAAAGUCAUUGAAAAGUCGAAAAAAUCAAUUGAAACUUUAAUAUAGACUAUUUAAAAAAGUUACAUCUUUUUUUCAUAGUAAUAUUUUGAUUGUAAAUAUUUAUUGACAAACUAUAUUAAUGUUAAAUGUAAAUAUAGUACAUAAAAAAUAGAGACUUAUUUACUUAAGUGCAAUAAAUAAAACAACAAACGGAUUGAAAAUAUGAGAAUAAAAAUGGUUAUAUUCUAGUCAAACCCUCAUAACAAGUAAAAUAUGAUUACUAAAACUGUGUACCCAGAUAAGAAACAAUACUAUAUGUAAAUGUUCAUCGUUGUCUAAAUUAAGUACAUGGAUUAUAUUUUGCAGCUUUACUAUUGAAAUUUUGAUAUUUUACAUAGAAAAAUGUAUUUUAUUAUUUAAUAAAUUU